ACUCAUUCACUCUCACUCUUACUCUUACUCACACUCCCACACCCACCCGUCUUUGUCACCGACUGCCAACCCCAAUUUCGUCAUUUCACACCCUUCUCCUUCCCAAAAAAACUCCUUCCUCCUUUCUCUCUCCUCACCCACCCCUCAUCACUCACUCUCUCCCUCCCUCUCUCCUAUUCGCCAUGGGCAGUCGCACCCAAUCUCACCAGCUCAGAAGCGGGCUCUACGUCUCGGGACGCCGCGAUACCCUCCCCAAAGAACGUCCCCCUACAAUGGCUGCUCGGGCCGUCCCUUAUACCGGUGGCGACAUCAAGAAAUCAGGCGAGCUAGGUAAGAUGUUCGACAUCACAACCACCUCUACCACCGCCACUUCCUCCUCUUCACUUUCUCUCUCCUCUCCUAGACCGCCACCUUCUCGGGCUUCCUCACAGCCUAACUCCGGAUCGGCCCGAUCCGGGCCUAACUCGGGUCAGCUCCCACCUCGACUCAGUAACUCAGGGUCCUUUACUAAGAAAUCAUCCGGCCCGCUUUCAAUCCCCCCAACCGGACUUAUCACAUCCGGCCCAAUUCGGAAGUCGGGCCAGCUUGAUGGGUCUGGGCUGGCUCAGCCACAGCUGGCACCUGCUGUUGGUGGGUCGGGGAAAAUGGUUUAUGGGACGUCGGUAACUAGUUUAGGGAGUGAAAAGGUGAAGUAUGGGUUAAGGGUUUCAAGAGGGGCAAUGUGGGUAUUUGGAAUCGUUGUUUUAAUGGGUUUGCUUGUUGGGGUGUUUCUCAUGGUGGCCGUCAAGAAAGCUGUGAUGUUGGUAGUGUUUGCUGCGAUUUUGGUGCCUAUAUUCGUUGGUUUAGGAUGGAAUUAUGCUUGGGGGAAGAGGGCAAUCCUGGGUUUUGUUAAGAAGUUUCCUGAUGCCGAGCUCAGAGGUGCUGUUGAUGGACAGUUUGUCAAGGUUACCGGGGUUGUUACAUGUGGCAGUAUUCCUCUUGAGUCGUCAUUUCAGAGGGUACCUAGGUGUGUGUAUGUAUCAACAGAGCUGUACGAGUACAAAGGAUGUGGAGGAAAAUCUGCAAACACCAAACACCGUUGCCUCUCAUGGGGAUGCAGGCAUUCAGAGAAAUAUGUUGCUGACUUUUAUGUAUCGGAUUUCCACUCUGGAUUGAGAGCCCUUGUUAAAACUGGUUACGGAGCAAAGGUGGCCCCUUUAGUGGAACCUGCAACAGUUGUCGACAUAACCAAAGAAAAGCGAGACUUGUCUCCAAACUUUUUGCAGUGGCUAGCUGAUCGAAGCCUUUCUAGUGAUGACCGCAUAAUGCGCUUAAAAGAAGGGUAUGUUAAAGAAGGUAGCACCGUCAGCGUGAUGGGUAUUGUCAGACGCCAUGAGAAUAUCCUCAUGAUUGUACCACCCACAGAGGCCAUCUCCACAGGCUGUCAGUGGUUACGUUGCCUCCUCCCGAUGUAUAUUGAAGGUUUAGUAUUGCAUUGUGAGGAUAAUCAAAAUUCUGAAGUGAUUCCCGUGUAAGUACGUGUACGUACCUCUUGUUUCCUCCCAAAGUCUUUCUUCGAGUGGAUUCCACGAGUACAUAUUUGGCAUGUAAAAAUCUUGCAAAAAGGGUGGAGAUGCACUGCCCAUGACCUUCUGUCCAUAUCUUUUCUGCUCUCAAGUGUAUGUAAAUCGGCCUCAAGGAGACACAAAAGGAGCUCAGAGGAAUUGCAGGUGUGUAAUAAGGACUUGUCAUGCUGUAAACAUUUCCGUGUUUAAUCGGAUCAAUAGGGGGAGAAGAAGUUUUCCCCGUCAACACUAUGAGAAAAAGGAAGCUCGAAUUUUUCAUGGUGAGCCGCAUAUAUUCUAAAUUUUUAGCUUUGUUUAGUGUACAUAAGCUCCAAUAGAUCUGAAGAGCCCUAUUUACAUUUCCUUUUUGCGUUUUUGUUUGCCUUGCAAUUUGUUUAACUGAAAGAAGGUAGAAUGCUUCUUCACACUAAUGUUCUGUGUAUUGAUUAAUUAAGAUUAAAGAUUCUUCGGUCACUUAAGCAAUAUAUAUGGUGUAUUCAGGA